UACAUCUACUAUAGACCAUACAAAGACCAGUUGAUUCAAAUUAUAAGGAAGUGACUAAAUUUUAGGUUAGUUAAUAAACUGCUGUCAGUUGCGUUGUAUUUUGUUGUAUAUAUAGUACACUAAUAUUUAUGAAUAUUUUUUGCAAUUUAAAAUAGAUUUUUAUUUACAUAUAAAAUAUAUUAUGGCAUUCAAUGUUAGUGGUACACCAGUGUUUGGUGGUCAAGCAACUUCAACACCGUUUGGGGUAGGAUCGACACCAGCAAAUAAAUCUAUUUUUGGUCAGUCCAACAUCUCAUUUGGAACCCCACAAGGAAUUGGAACAACACCUUCAUUUAAUUUAGGAUCAACAACAACAACGACGGGCGGUGGAUUUGGGUUUUCAACAACAGCUCCAACCAGCACUUCUCUAGGUGGAUUUGGAGGAUUUGGUUCUACUGCUACCACUACCACCAGUGGUUUUGGUACUUUUAGUGGUUUUGGAUCAACUGCUACUACUUCUGCUGCUCCAACAUUUGGGUUUGGCACUGGCACCACUUCUGGCACUCAACCUUUGUUCUCAGGAUUCGGACAGAAUCAAACUUUGAACACCAGCACAGGUUUUGGAGGAUUCGGAGGCUUUGGUAACAAACCACUAGGGACUCAACAGCCAACAACAUUUUCCGGUUUCGGUCAAACAACAGGACUGGGAUCUUUUGGUCAAGCCCAAACCCAACAGACGCAGCAACCUGCCCAACAACACCCACUAGAGGCCAUCUACAGGUCUGUGCUCCAGUGUAAUAUCUUCAAUGACGAGCGGGACCAAGUAGUAGCCAGCUGGAACCUUCUGCAGGCUCUCUGGGGUGUCGGCAAAGGAUACUAUGACCGCAAUCUACCCCCUGCAGAGUAUACGCAAGAGAACCCUCUAUGUAGGUUCAAGGCUGUGGGCUACAGCCGCAAGCCAACCACAGAGGCUAAGGACGGCAUUGUGUCCUUGGUCAUCAAGAAGAAGGAGUCGGACAUUAGAAAUGAAGAGGCCCAACUGAUUUCAAGUAUCAAUAACAUAUUGGGAAACAAACCCAAUCUGACCACGACCAUUGAGGCAAUCAAGGCGAUGUCAGAUGAAAAAUCCCAAGUUUUGUUUUAUAUACAAGAAAAGGCUGCCAAUGGAGUGACAAAGCGUAUCCAGAAUACAGAGGUGGUGACCUACCUGAGGACCCAGGGGCCCAGUCAGACCCUGACAAACAUGGGGGUGGAGAAUGUCUUCUGCUUCCAGGGUCCGGACCAGGAUCAGAUCAAGGAAUACCUAGAGAACCCUCCAUCCGGUAUUGACUCCAGGCUGUGGAAACAGGCACAGCUGGACAACCCGGAUCCUGACAAGUUAUUGCCAGUGCCCAUUGUAGGGUUCAAUGACAUCAGGUGGAGAGCUAAGUGCCAGGAGAAUGAGACCAAGGUACACACAGCUGUAUUGGACAAGAUCUCCAAUGUCAUCGUGGAGCUCAAGAGGCAGAACUCGGAGACUAUAGCAAAGAUUGCAGAAUAUAAGCAGCGUGUGAUGGACUUGGAGCACAGAGUUCUCAAGGUUUUAGUAAAACAAGAAGCUACACGAAAUGUUGGUAUAGCAUUGAGGCCAGAAGAAGAAGCCUUGCGCAGUCAGCUUGAGGCGCUCCACUCACAAGUCAAUACUCCAGCACAGUUUAAGGGCCGUCUCAAUGAACUACUGGCCUUGAUGAGAAUGCAGAGACAAGAGUCCAGUCAAGGCCCUACAGAGCGAUAUACUAUGAAUCCAGAAGCACAGGAAGAAAUUCAUCAGUUCUUGCUAGAGUUCCUGUUCGCUAUGCAACAAGUUGUUCAAACUGUCAACAAUGAUUUAAAGGACCUUAAAACUAUGUCAGACGGGACCUCUUCACUCAUGAGAGAGUUUGGUCCAUUUUUAAACAUGUUAGUCAUAUAUUACUGCUGUAAUGCGCGAGUGCUACUACUAAAUCUUUGAUUGAAUGUUACAGUUCUUGCUAGAGUUCCUGUUCGCUAUGCAACAAGUUGUUCAAACUGUCAACAAUGAUUUAAAGGACCUUAAAACUAUGUCAGACGGGAUCUCUACACUCAUGAGAGAGUCUGGUCCAUUUUUAAACAUGUUAGUCAUAUAUUACUGCUGUAAUGCACGAGUGCUACUACUAAAUCUUUGAUUGAAUGUUACAGUUCUUGCUAGAGUUCCUGUUCGCUAUGCAACAAGUUGUUCAAACUGUCAACAAUGAUUUAAAGGACCUUAAAACUAUGUCAGACGGGAUCUCUUCACUCAUGAGAGAGUUUGGUCCAUUUUUAAACAUGUUAGUCAUAUAUUACUGCUGUAAUGCGCGAGUGCUACUACUAAAUCUUUGAUUGAAUGUUACAGUUCUUGCUAGAGUUCCUGUUCGCUAUGCAACAAGUUGUUCAAACUGUCAACAAUGAUUUAAAGGACCUUAAAACUAUGUCAGACGGGAUCUCUACACUCAUGAGAGAGUCUGGUCCAUGAACACUAAAUAAACUUAAAACUAAAUAAUUAUACUAUUUUUUUAACUUAUUAGAUUAAUUUUAAUUUCACUUUUUUAAAUGAUAAGAGAUGAAAACUUUUGUAAAUGAUGUAUUAUUAUGUAUGUUGA